AAGGAUAAAAGGGUUUAAAAAAAUAAAACAAUGCAGCUUAUUAUUGAGAAAAAGCUAUUAGUGUCCACUUGAUAAACUGUUUACAACUCAAAAGGAGUGGAGGUUAAGGAACGAAUGUCAUUAUUAAAGCAUCAUCAUAAGCACAAGUCUUUUCUCAUGAAACAUUUACCUUCCAAGACACAUUAUGAGAUAUCAAUUACACAUAAAGACACAUUGGGUCAAGAGAGCACUUUCUUAUGCUCAUUUGUCUGAAUUGCCCUUCAACUAGAGAGAAGGUGUCGGUAACAUUUGUCAAAAUUCUUUUCAAUAUUCUCUAUAAUUAAUUCCAUUCAACUUUCACCUUUUGGUUUCAUAUUUCUUAAUUCCCUAAACUCAAUCUUGCCACAAUCUAUCGUCAUCUUCAUCUCUCAUCUUCUGUAUCCUUCUAAAGCUUCUUCUUCUUCACUAAAUUUGUAGAUUUUUUUUUAUAAUUCUAAAUCACUAAUUUCUGUUUGUCGCUUUAUCUUUCGCUACUUUAUGUUUUAAAUCUGGAAAUCAUGAAAACCUCAGAUUGGGGCUAAGGAAAAUCUAUUAUGAAAUCUCAGAUUGGGAGAUUCGAGAUCUUCACCGAAUAUAUCCAAGGUUUGCUUUUAACUGAACUAUGAGAAUUUCAUAUACAUAUUUUUUUUCCUCUUUCAUACUUGUUUACAAGAAGAUAAGAAAUAAAUAAAAAUUUGAUUUUCUUCUUAAGCAUACAUCGAAGCCGAUGUCUCUCUUGCAACAUUUGAUUCACAUGUCGCCCAUGCUUUUCAUGUCCAACAAUUUCCUUGUCCACAAAUGGGCUAUCCAUAAAGUUGUCGUCCAUAAAUUUCAUGUCCACCAAGCUCGUAUCCAUCCAUCUCCUCUCCAUCGUUCUCUUACCCACCAAUCUCAUAUCCGCAUCUCUCUUGUAUAUCAAUUUUUGGAUAUGACUUAACUAUGAGUGUGACGUAACUAUUAUCUAAACGGUGGUAUAUUUUGAGUUAAGUGUGACUUCUCCCUGUUUGUAAGCAAAUAAGGGUUUGGAAGAUAGUCUUUUUGUUGUUGCAUCUGUUGCUAAUGUUGUUCAGACAUGAACUAUGGAGUUCACUUCCAAGGUAUUACUUUUAUUACUAUGUUCUUUCAUGUGCUUGAUUGGCCUAUGUUGUAUCCAUUAACUAUUGAAAUCAAUGUUACAUUUGAAGUUAAGUUGGUAGUUUCCAUGUUUGGUAUCUAAUUGGCACUAUACAAAAGUCUGGGACAGUUCACAAUAUUCAAUAUGCUGCUCAACUCCACAGAUCUGUCUCCCACAGUCCUCCUGUCCACGCCUUUGUCGAAGGCAUCCACGUACACACAUCCCCUGUCCACAACUCGUCCAUCUCCAACUUCGCAGUCCACACCUCUCUUGUCCACACACACACCUAGACUAGGAAAAACUUCAUCAAUAUAUGUUUUGUUGUAUCAAGAACUACUUCAUCAGUGUUAAAUUGUUUUGAGCAUGUUGUCCUAAAUGAUUAUUUGUUGUUUUUCUCUUUUAAAGGAACUAAUCAGUGUAUCUUUCUUUUCAAUGUUAUUGUUUUAAAUGGUUAGUUGUUUUAGUAGAUCAUGGUCAUUAUCUAUAUGAACCAACAUACACUUCCACAUACACACCAUCCAUAACUAGCACCAUUCAUAACUCAUUCUUUCAAAUUGCACAUACACUUCCACAUACGCACCAUACCGCCAUCACUCAUUCUUUCGAAUUGCACCGCCACAAUACAUUCUUUCAAAUUGCAGUGUCCAUAAUAUAUUGUCCACGAUAGUGUGUCCACUUAAAUUUAUUAUAUAUGAAAGAAAAGUUUGAUCAUCUUUUUAUGAAAAUGAUGAACUUAUAAUCCACUAAAACCAUCCACAAGACUUCGUCCACGAAAUCUAGUCUACGAAACUCUUGUAAGAUUAAAAACCUCGUCCACGAAAAUUGGUCCACGAAGCCUCGUCCACACGUUCACAUAUCUUCCAUCCACGACUGCACCAUCCAACAUAAAACCCAUUAGCUGUAUCCAAUAUACCUUUACAUUUAUUACAACUGAACCGUAAUAUAGUUACGAAGAAAGAAACAAGACUUCUAAAAAGCUAACACUCUUUUUAUAAUAACCAAGGGUAGUUCUGGACAAUAAAAAACAGCUGACGGGAUAAAGUGGAAGGAAUGUGUGCCAAACUCACAAUGUGUCUCCCACCGAGAAACAAACACACAAUGUGUCUCCUUGUGUAACUGUCUCUUUUCUCAUUCAUCUCAUCUAUUUAUUUAAAGUCAUAUAUGAUCAUGUCUCAGACUUAAAGUACAGUUCCUCCCCACCUUUUGGUUUUAAUAAGCAAAGGGAGAAAAUGUAUAAAAUUAGGAAAGUGGAUGAAUGCGGUAAUGUGGUUGGUGAAGUUAUCUUCUUAUAUCAAACAAUUAGAUUGAUCAAAAUCCGUACUAGUUCUCAGAAUUUUUAAAAGCUAUUAUAAAUUAUGUGCACAAACAUUUAAAUUACAGAUAACAAACCAAGUCUGAUGUACCGUAGUGAAGAGACUCUACACUUUCCAAACUGGGUCAAUGGCAUGGGCCUUAGUUAAAAUGGCCUACCGAUCGGCCCAUUAAUGUCACAGAAAACGGAUUUUAGACUGUAUCGUCUCCUCCAACGGUCGAAUCGACGCUGAGAGGAGAGAGAGAGAGAGAUGAGAGAGAAAAGGGGAAGAAGGGAAAAUCCGAAAACCCUAGAUCCCGUCGGCGAGGAUGGUGCCGUCACCGGAAAAGAAGGAAAAGGGUUCUUCGCGUGCUACAUACUGACCUCCCUCAGCCCUCGCCACAAGGGUCACACCUAUAUCGGGUUCACGGUGAACCCAAGGCGCAGGAUAAGGCAGCACAAUGGAGAGAUCACAAGUGGUGCAUAUAGAACAAAGAAGAAACGUCCUUGGGAAAUGGUCCUCUGUAUCUAUGGUUUCCCCACUAAAGUCUCUGCCCUUCAGUUUGAGUGGGCUUGGCAGCAUCCAAGGGAAUCACUUGCAGUGAGAGAAGCUGCUGCUGCUUUCAAAUCCAUCUCUGGACUUGCUAGCAAUAUCAAGCUUGCUUACACUAUGCUAUCUCUUCCUGCUUGGAACAGUUUAAACCUGACUGUCAACUAUUUCUCAUCAAAGUAUGCUCACCAUGGCGGUCUUUCUCCAAGUUUGCCUCCGCACAUGGAGGUCCGUGUUUGUCCUAUGGAUGAUCUUCCCUGUUUCACUAAAGAAGACAACAAUUCUCAACAAGAAGAUGAAGAUAGUCCUGAUAGUAAUGAAGAAGAGGAUGAUGAUGAUAGUGGCAACCAAAGCCAGCCUGGGAAUCCAACUUCAAGCUACUUGCUUGACCGACAUUGUGAGAAACCAAAAGGACCUGGAACUGUACUUGAUGACAGAUUAGCAAACUUCACUGGCUUUGGGUUAUUAGAUGAGAGUGAUGAAGAUGAAGUAUCCAUUGACGCUAUGGAGAAAGAACCGGAGACUGUUUUUAAUGACAGGCUAGCAAACUUCACUGGUUUUGGCUUAGGAAAGAUAGCUGAAGAUAAAGUAUCACAUUGUAGUACUAUGGAGAAAGACUGUUGGAGAAGAAGCAACUUUGUCACAUCGACCACUGAAGUUGAAGUGAUAGAUCUGAUGACUCCAUCACCGACAUGCAGAGUUGGAUCGUCUAUGAAGAGGCCAAGAGUUUCUGAGUUUAUAGAUCUGACAAGGUCUCCUAAUUUCAUAGAGUUGUAAAGUAAUAAUAAUACACGAGUUGUGUGUAAAACGAAAUAAACUUUGUUGUAAUUUUCAAGUGUGAAAUUGAUGAGAUCUGGUGUGCGUGCGUGCCCACAUGUUCUCGAUCUUGACUUA